AUGGAAAUUGAAAACAUGGUGAGAGACUGCAUAAAAUGUUCUGAGUAUCAAAACAGGUUACCCGCAGAACCGUUGAAACCGACCGUCCCUCCAGAUCUACCCUAUACUGAAGUUGGUUGUGACAUAUUUGACUUUGGAGCAAAGAAGUACCUACUUCUCAUUGAUUACUAUUCAAAGUACAUUGAUGUUGUAGAACUGAAUGCCGCAACUACAACUGCUACAAUCAAUGCUAUGAGAUAUGUGUUUAGUUGUCAUGGCAUACCUCUUAAAAUCAGAUCAGACAAUGGACCACAGUUUAGUUCAUGUGAAUUCAAACAAUUUUGCAAAGUGUAUGAUAUUGAACAUAUGACCUCCAGUCCUCAGUACCCAGGUUCAAAUGGGGAAGCUGAGAGAGCUAUUCAGAUUGUGAAGAAAAUGUGGAAAAAAUGUGAUGACAAGUAUCUUGCUCUACUCAACUACAGAACUACACCUUUGGAAGGCAUAAACUUGUCCCCUUCGCAGUUGUUAAUGGGACGCAGACCUAGAAACACACUGCCUGCAGCUCGAAAUCUGUUAAAACCACAGGCAUAUAACCAACGAGAGGUGAAACGUCAUUUUAGCCAGGAGAAACUAAAACAGAAACAUUAUUAUGAUCAAAGGAAAGGUGCUAAAGAACUGAAAGCUUUCAACCCUGGAGAACAUAAGGAAGCUAAACAGAGAGAGAAAUCACUCAAGUAUCAACAGUCUAGUCGACACUGUUAUUUGUUUUUUUUUUUCACACAUGAAGAUAGAAAAUUAUGUCUUGAUGCAACAGAAACUUAUUCAAGGGCUGGAAGAAUGGUUAACGAUAGCCCAAAACCAAACGCAGUGGUAUGUAAAAUUACACUGACAAAAAAAAGACCAGCUGCUCCACAUUUAGUGCUUUUUGCUCUUAAAGAGAUCAACAUAGGGAAUGAAAUUGUGUAUGAUUAUGGCGAUUCAAAUAAUUUAUAUUGGAGAAAAAAGGUAUCUAUUUUUCUGUUGCGUAUAGUCUAG